AAGAAAUGAGCUUGAUUGAACUUUGGGAAGCAACUCAUAAGAGGAAGGAUGGAACAUAUCUUGAAGGCACGGACACUUCAGACUUUCUGGAGGAUGCAAAGGCAAAGGUUGAUUCAUUAAAGCUUUGUAAUCCUACUAUGCCUCGUGUUGACAUUGAGAAUGAAGCCUUUCAAACUGUCAUGAAUGGACAUGAAGUACAUGAACGACCCUUGGAAUAUGGAUUUGGGGUGAAAAAAAGCGAUAUUCAUGGGGUGCGUGGUAUACUUAGAAAAGAAGGAAAUGGAAAACUUAAAAGGAGACUUGUGGAACUAGAAAACAUUGUGGAAACAUCUUUAUUGAAGAAGAGAAAUGAGGAACUUGAAAAACAAAACAAAGAGAACUAACAAGUUUGAUGAGCAUACUAAGAUGAUGAAGACUGUUGCUACACAUUUUUCUCUAGUGUUGGAUGCGGUGCGUGAUGGAAAAGCUUAUGCUUAACUUAUAGAUGCUGCAAAGUCAGCUAUGCAUUUGAUUACUACAGAGGAAUUGUUAUAAUAUUAUCAUUCAUUGUUUCACUUGAAUUAUCAAAAUCAAGUUGCUUACUAGUUACCUAUUCUUUUCUUUUGUGAUUAACUAACUUUUUUACAUCUUUUAUAAUUGACCCUCACUAUAAUAUAUCACAUUAUAUAAGAUUACUUAUGUCAUUCUUUUUUUUUUUUCAAGGAUCAAGAUGAUGGUGAAGGAAAAGAAGCCAAGUAUUCAUUAAAUUAUUAGAACUCCUAAAGCUAUUAAUGAUUUGAAAAGGCCUUGUAAAAGAUAUAUUUAUUUUGUUAUGUUUUUUUUGUAAGGUUUUAAGAAGUUGAUAGUAGACAUUAUCUAAUUGACUUAUUUUAUUUGUGAUCGAACAGAAUAUUUUAGUGUGUAUUUAGUCAUAGUUAAUUAAGACAGAUAUUAAUAUUAUUAUAUAUUAUUGGUCAUUUCUACUUAAGUAUUUUUUAUUGGAAAAUCGCUUAUAAUAUAUUAUAUUUGAUCCAUAUCUAAUUAAACAAUGGCUAUUCUUAUUAUUAGAUGUUUUUUCUAGGCUAAAAUCUCGGCACUUUUUGGUGUUAAGAGU